UCCUCACCAGCAAAGCAAAGCACAUUCUUCCCAAGCAGCUUGUAGAGCACAUCCGAUCCAUCGACCACAGCGCAGCUAGCAGCUAGCACAGGAACACGCACAUCAGCAUGGCUCGCGCUCAGGUGGUGGUGCUCGCCGUCGUGGCCGCGGUGCUGCUCGCCGCGGCGGCCUCCGAGGCCGCCAUCAGCUGCGGCCAGGUCAACUCCGCCAUCGGCCAGUGCCUCCCUUACGCCCGCGGCCAGGGCUCCGCCCCCUCCGCCGGCUGCUGCAACGGCGUCAGGAGCCUCAACUCCGCCGCCAGGACCACCGCCGACAGGCGCGCCGCCUGCAACUGCCUCAAGAACGCCGCCAGGGGGAUCAGCGGACUCAACGCCGGCAACGCCGCCAGCAUCCCAUCCAAGUGCGGCGUCAGCAUCCCAUACUCCAUCAGCACCUCCACCGACUGCUCCAGGGUGAGCUAAACGACCGCCGGAUCUAUGAUCCAUUCCACCGCUCCGAAUCCUGCCUGCCUCCACCGUCGCUACAUACCUAUACAUGUAUGAGUUGACUGAUGAAUAAGAUCUCUCUCCGCCGUCGUGUACGCUAUUAUACGCUUGCAUGGUAGUGUGUGCGUCGUCCUUCAUGUGUGAGAGAGAAGUCCUCCGAUCCUUGUGUCGUCGUCAUCCCUUCUACGUUUUGUACGUGUGCUCCUCCGUUUCCGUUUAUGGAGGAGACCGAGUCUGUACCUUGUCCAGUACCUUAUUAUAAUACAUACUACACCUCUCUUUUUGGUA